CCCCAUUUCGAUCGAAAGGAGCCCCAAAAGACAUCGAAAACCCUCUUUAUUCCCCUCAUAUCCACUCGUCGCGCGAACAAGAGAGCGUCUCUUCCCUCCCCAGCAACUCGGGCCAGAGAAGCAACUUCCCGAAGUGAGAAGCGAAACAUUCCCCCGCUCCAAUUCUGGUGACAUGGGCGCCAACGGCCAUCCGCCGCCGGCGAGCGCCGCCGCGCAGAACGGGUCCCACUCCGCCGGAGGAGGAGGCGGCGGCGGGGGAGGAGGAGGAGGUGGAGGGGGAGCGAACCCUAGCAACGGAGGCACGGCGGCGGCGCUCCGGCACGACCCGGGCUUGGCGCGGGAGUGGUCGCCGGAGGAGCAGGCCACCCUCGACGAGCUGCUAGCCAAGUAUGCAUCCGACGCGCCUGUCAUUCGUUAUGCAAAAAUAGCGAUGAAGUUGCCAGAGAAAACAGUUCGAGAUGUAGCCUUGCGCUGCAGAUGGAUGAAUAAAAAAGAGAGUGGCAAAAGAAAGAAAGAGGACCAUAACUCGUCUAAGAAAAGCAAGGACAAAAAGGAGAAGGUUUCAGAUUCUUCAUCGAAACCACCUGUACAUAUGGCUGGUAGGCCUAAUGUUCCUCCAUACCCUCUUCCAGUUCUUCCCAUGGACGAUGACGAGAUCUCGUCCAAAGCCAUUGGUGGACCAACAGGAGAAAUCCUUGAAACCAAUGCCCAAGUUUUGGGUCAAAUCUCGAUAAAUCUUAGCAAUAUGCAGGUAUCCUUUUACUUCAAGAUACAGGAUAACAUCUCACUGCUGUGCCAAACUCGGGAUAAUAUACUCAGGGUCUUGAAAGAGAUAAACGAUGCUCCAGAGAUCAUGAAGCAGAUGCCGCCGCUACCUGUGAAGAUAAACGAGGAGCUCGUCAACUCAUUGCUCCCCAGGCCGACGGUACCGAUGCAGUAGUGAUAGCGAGACAAAUGUAUCCUAUGUAGUCCCAGGAGUUCUUUAGAUAGGCAGCUGAAAUAAAAAUGCCAGCCCUGAUGCUUGUUCGUUCGUUCUGUAGCUCCAUCCUCUCACCUCUCCUACAUGUUAUGUUCAGUCUGGAUGCUGAUCACCCAACCGUCCCCAAGUCAGGCGGUUGGAACGUGUACCGAGUUACCAAGGGCUGCUUCUACAGCAGUAUCAGGUUCCGACUCUUGGCAUGUUUUGUAAUCCAUAGCUGUUUGCGUAAUGUCAUGGAAUCGGAGUAGCCUUCAGCUGGAA